ACUUCCAGUGGAAACGGGAGAAAUCAAGCAGCAGCCAUGAAGGUGUUCGAAAUCAAUGGGCACUCUCUCUGUCUCGCGCUCUUCACUGACGUCUCGAACUCCAAGGAACUCCUGGAUUCUAUGCAAGCUGGAACACUGGAGCCAGAAGUUGCAUUUCUUAAUGCAUCACUAAUUCCAGAUGUUUUCCCUGUUCUAGCAGCUGCUCAUAAAACACUUAUAGCCAAAUCACGGGAGUCACUGACCACACGCACUCUUCAUUCUGAGCUUGUUUACAAUUACUCAGGAUCUAAGCAUAUUACAGAAUCCCUUAAAAGAUGUGGUAUCUCUGACCGCUCAACAUAUGUCCUUGUUGCUCGGUUCAACACUUCUCUUGAUGAGAUGAAAGACAUAGACAAACUUAUCCAUGGAAAGGAAAUUGAUUUGGAGGAGAUGGAAGGAAGAGCAGACCAAGCCCAGAUACACAAGCACUACAAAAUUACUGGCCCGGAACUAGGUAUAUCCUCACUUGCAGAUGCUAUUACAUGCCGGAUCGCUUCACGUGAUGCUUGUGAGAAGCAAGAGUUACUUUUCUUGUUUCCCCAUGUCCAUCUCUUGUCAUCCGCCAUUGUUUUCCUUCUCAGAGGAUGAUAUUCUAGGAUUUCAAUCUGCAACUCGAUGCAACACGGUGUUUGUAACGUUACAAAUGAAUAACUUAAACAUCUUUAUUACAGCAAAAACCAGAUCUAUUAUCUGCAGUCCUCCAUAUGAGGACAAUGAAUGGAUCAUGCCAAACUUUGAAGAAGGUAUUCGGCUAUAUGCUGCUAUGGAAAUACCGGUGUCGAUUUGGAUCUCAAGUGUGUUCUUUGGGAUUCCAAGAUUUGGCUUCACACAUGGAAUGAGAGUGGGUCUCAUUAAUUUAUUGGUUAGGAAAUUCAUUCCUUUUCUUGGAGCCUAUUGCUUUACUUUGUAUUAUGCAAAUAUUGUUUAAUUUAAGGUUGUGUUAUGCAAUUUAAUUGCCAACGUCAAUAAAAAUGCUUCUUACACUA